CCUCACAGGAAGGUUGUACCGCGAUGGGGAAUAAUCGCCUUUGGAAGCGGGCGCUGUCUGCCGAGGGAAGCAGAGGCUGCCCACGCUUGCAAAGCUGAAGCCUUCCUCCGAGUUACGCCAAAAUACGCUUGUUAUGCUUCUAUUUCGAGAGGUUUCUCACACUCAGCGGGAUAUUGUUGAAACAGCGAGGGUUGUACGUUUUAGUGGUAGGAUUUUCCCUCUGGCUGCAGAUACCAUUCACUCCUGUGUUUGAGCUCUGUGUAAUACAUAUGUUUAAAAUAAAAUAAUAAUAAUAAACCCCCCUUUCCCCUCACAGCUGCAGAUUUCCCUUCUAGCUUCUCUGGUUUCAUUCCCAAUUCACAGAAUAAAAAAAACUUGCAGUGUUUCCUCUAACGCUUUCUCCCUGUGGUUAGCCCUGCUUCUUGGCGCUGCUGUUUUCAGCUGGAGUUGUCCAAGCUGCCAGCUUUCUCUAGGUGGAAAAGACAAACUGGUGGGUGAGGGGUGGGUUGCAUUCAUUCACAGCGCCUGCUUCUCAAGGCUUCCAGUAGUCACAUUCACCAGCAAAGUUUGGGAAUAAGCUGCCCCUGGCCACGUCUUGAGGUGACGUUAUGAACUGGCUUUGCACAGGUGCCUAAAUGAGCACAUGCAUCCUCGAAACAUGUGGCGCCAACACAUCCACCUUGUGCUUCUGCCUUUCCUUGAUACAUUUUGAAUAGGUGUGCUGAAAUUAGUAGAAAUAGACCUUGUGGAGAACACUCUUGGCCUUAAAAUGUAGUUCUCUUGUUUUGCAAGGCUUGAGGCUUCGUCUCCAAAUCUAACAUCUGUGGCUUUUUGUGCCAUGGCCUGUGCUACGUAGCGCAGGAGUAUUUCAUGUAAGUUAGGAACACGAACUCUUCUUUGUGACUACAAACUGUUGCUAUCAAGGCUUUUAUUGGUGCUGAAAAGGAGUUAAGAAGUUGUAGGUGGAGUUCAAUAGUGUAUCUUAUUUUUGAUGUAGCUCUGUUUUUUUCUUCUAGGCAUAGAUGAAAAAAUUUUUUCUCUCCCUGUCUCAUGUGUCAGUCGAUGAAGACUGAGGUGUUACCAUAAACCAGCUAUUUAGGAGAGAACUGUAGCAGAAACCUAGUGUCUUCAUCUACUGUUCAUAUGAUUAAGGCCAUGUUAUGCUUCCCUGUGUACAAUAACCGCUCUGAAACGAACUCUUGUGUACUGGAGGUAAUUAGUGUCAUUGCAGUUCGUGGGUUACUUGCAGGAGAAGCCAGUUUUUCAGUUUGUCUUCAGGGUGUACAUCUGUCAUAAUUCUGCUUUCUUCCCAUUCUGUCUCUGCAGCUGUUCAGUGUAGUUUAUUAUAGUGACACCCAUUAACAUGGCUACAGUUAAUUGUCUGUCAGAGUUUGAAUUAUGAACUCUUUCUACCCAGACGUUUAUAUAGCCCUUAAAGAUACUCUGGUAAGAAUUGUGCUGAAUAACAUCUUUGACCUGCAUCAGGAGAUUUUUUCAAACAUAGUUAUAUUAAAAAGUCUGAUUCUGUUUCAUUACUGGCAUGACAAAGACUUUGACAUGCUUCACAUCUUUGUCUUUGACCAUAUAUCUACUGGAGGUCAAACUGAGGGACAGAAGUCUGUGGUGUCCAUGCCUGCUCAGUAAAAACAUAAAAAGUUCUGUGGUGUCUUGCAUGCAAGUGUGUGUGUGUGUAUGUAUAUAUAUGCAGUACAUGGGUGUAUAUACGUGUGGAUGUGCAUCUGCAAUUUUAUAUGGGAUAAUGUCUGGAUUUUUCCCAGGAAGCUAGGGAAAAGGAUUCAGAUUUUUUUUGUAUGUGUGCAAUCCCCAUACUUCAGUAGUGGUGGAAAAAUGGAAAGAUUUUGGUAUUGUCAUCCAGCGUAACUUCUGUUGCUUGUUGGUUCUUUUAAAUCAGUCUCUGGCUGAGGUAGGAAAUGAGGAGUGCGUGCUGGUAACGCAUUGCUGCACUGGGUCAUGCCGCUGACUCUAACCCGCUGCACUCCCAGCCAUGGCUGGGAGGUGGGCAGAAGUGCCUGUCCGCCUGGUUAUUUGUGUAGAGUUAGAUGUUUGUGGCUCACCUCCACAGGGGUAUGUAAAUCCAAAUGUUACUUUGUGGGCUGGUAUUGAUUUUGGAUUAUCAUCUGCUCAUUUCAUUUGUGCAGCAUUUUACAGGCAUCUUGAAAAUGGUUUAUUGCUCUCUCUGAAAUACAGUAGCCAGAGGAAGCAUUUCAGGCAUUGUAAUCUUGUCUUAAACAUGAGCUGAGUAGCAAUUUCACCUCUAAGUCCAGAGUUAGCUUUGUAUGCUCAAAGUGUUCACCCAGUCAAUGGGUAAAGCCCAGAGCUCGGCUCUCUGAGCUAGUGUGAUGAACAAGGACGGAAAAAGCCACUGGUGCCACGUCUCUGGGGAGCAUCGUGCCUUCAGCUGCCGGGGCGGUGCAGCAGAGCCCGUUGCAAGCUGUGCCGGCCUCACCAGUGCAGCCCUGCUGUGCCGGCUCAUCUAGGGGUGCUCAGUGUCUAAAAAGUCACAGCUUCUGCCUCAUCUGCAUCAUUUAUUGCUGUGGUGUGAUGGUGUGAAGCGCUCUUAGAUGCUCUGUUCCCCCUCGGAGAUGUAGUAACACAGACAGCAGAAUCGCAGCUGUUUCUGUAAAACUGCGUUUGAAGGCUGGCAUUUGCCAGAGUCCACUUCCCCCCCAGUAAAUGGAUAAAUGGUACAGCAGAGUUCUCAGUAGAAAUAACUGCUAGCGCGCUGAGUGUUGCUCUGCUCAAUUGCUCGGUCUCUGGAAGGAUGGUUUUAAAGGGAACAAACUAUGAUCUUGCCAGGAGGUGAAACUGAAACAUUACACAAAAAGUUAGUAAGGCUCUCAGCUGUAUUAGAACUGGCCUCUUAGGCAGAUCCAAACUUUGCUCUGUGCGAGCGCUGUCACGAGCUGUGCCAGGAGCGCUCCCUCGUGCCUCUGUUAGAAGAAGAGGUAGAAUCAGAGCAAAAAUACUCACCUGAGGGCUCCAUCUGAGGGCUUCUCUGUUAUUUGGAAUGGCAAUGAGCCUCUGCUUAUUUAAAUGAAACAACUCUGCUCAUCCCACUGGAAUCGCCGGGUUACUGGGAAUUUAUGUGUGACUGAAAAGUUGGAGACUGUGUGGUUUGGGUGGUGCAGCAGCCUGCGUCAGGGCAGGGCUGCUGAGCUGCACUGCAGCUUACUCUGCAGGUGGACUCUGCGUGGGCACGUGCCCUGUUGGUGCUGGUGUGGGGGUUUGGGAGAAGCAGCGAUGGACGUGUUAGUGAUGGAAGAUGCAGCGCUCAGAGGUGCUGCGUGGCUGGCUGCUGCUCGCCUCAGAGAAGCGUUCAUUUUGAGAAGGGGCUUGAGAAGCGGUUCUGCGGCAUGUGUGGAUGGAGUGGAUGUUUGGUGGAAACUCCUGGGCUAAACAGAAGUUACGCAGUUGCCUUCAAUUUGGGGGAAUUGAGCUCAGUAGCCUGGGUGGUCCCUUCCUGUCCUGCAAGUGUCACAGGCUGCAUUGCAUAGUUUUUAUUGGAAUGAGUCUAAGGCUUGGCUUAAAUGGUUCACCCUUUUCGUGUGAUCCUGCUCACAAUGUGAAUUCUCUCCACUUGCACACAUAACGAUCAUAGCCAGUUUGUGCCGUUAAACCCAGUGUGCUACAGUCGGCCCCGAGGAGUUGCCUUUACUUCUGACCUGUUGGAGGUGGCUUACCUGCUUCUGUUUCAGAUUAUGUUUUAUUGAGAUCAGAGGUGAAUCAGAUGCACUAUAUUUGCACCUGAGUAUAUUAAGUGUAUGUCAGAAUAUAGGCAGGUGAAAAACACCAGCAGGUUCAUGACUGUCAGGGGUGAGAAUUUCAAAGAGAAGUAGCACACAAGUCCCAGAUUAGGAAAGGAAAGGGAAUUAAAUUGGCAGUUUACUGAAAAGUUUGUCAGAUUUCCCAUUCUGCCUUUUCCAGUAUAAAAAGAUCUUGGUUUUAGUUACAGAUGUCCUAUGAAGACUAAGUUACUAUAGCUCUUCUUUUCAAGGUUAGAAAAAAGUUGCUUGAAUUCCCAGUAACUUCUCAACACGCUGGCAGAAGCUGUGUGUGUGUGGUUGAACAGGGAAGGUCUGCACCUAGCCGCCACCGUCAGUAAUCCGUGUUUAUUUUUAAUGCAGUCCUCGUGUGACUUGGAGGUCACUGCUAACUAACAGAAACCAGUGGCCUUUGGGGCAGAGGCACUGUGGUACCCUUACGAGUGUCAGCAUUUCGGGCUGUGUGGCUUUAAUUUGUAUGGGCUGUUCCAGUGUUACCUUUGUAACAUACAGUCUGAACUUAAGGUGUGAACAUCUGGUGGGUGUUGUUUAAAAGGAAUGGUUUAAAAUUAGUUUAGAAGUCAAAAAAGCUGCUUAUCACUUGUAGUAACAAAACUUUUAAGGGGUUAGGCGUACGAGGUUUGAUGCUUGCUCCAAGCAGCCAAGUGCCACUUGGCGAUUUAUCUCCCUGUAAACUCAGGUUCAAAGGGAAUAGGAAUAUGAGAUCUCUGCAUCACAACUCCUGGUUCGUGUGCAUCUGUAAAAGAAUGUCACAUAAGCUCCACUGGAUUGUGUAGUUCCGUUAGUGUUAUUUUUGAAGGGACAGUCUUUUUGGUGUGGCUAACUUCAGCAACCUGACUAGAGCGGACAGGUAAGUUAACUGCGGUAGCUGAUGUUCUGUACUUCGGGGAAGUAGCUGCGCUUCUGGCUUCCCUUGCUUCCUGGAGCUGCUGGAGGCUGACUAGCUGAGCUUUUAAUGGCAGGGGUCGAUACCAUUCUUUCCUUUAAACAACAAUAAAAAAAAGAAGUGUUUUAUUAUUUUAUUUAUUUUUUUUUAAGAUACGUGGUGCAAAAGAGAGGCUUCUGGCCUUUAUUUUAUGGAUUUGCAGAAGUAUGGUUAGGAGAAGGUGGACUCAAAAUACACUUGUCUGAAAAGAUGCAGAGGGGCAGAAUUUCAAAUUUCCUUGUUCAUCUCAAGCUUACGAGUGUGUCUCAGUGUAUAUAAGCGAUGUAAUCUUGCUUUAGGGUGUGUAAUACUUUUCAGACCAUGUGGGAAUGAACCAAGAAGUGAGGAUUUUGACCAGGAAUAUACAAGCUGUGUUUCUGAAAUAACUUCAUUUUUCUUUGUUUUCUUCCGUAUUGUCUUUAGUUUGUUUUUAGGAGGUAUUUCCACACUGAGUGAGUGUGCUCUUCAGUACUGAACAAAGCAAAUACUAAUAUUCAUUUUGGUUAUGGGAAAAGUAAUGUGAACUACUGGAAAAAGUACCUUAAGGAACAGGCUGCCUGCUGUUUCCCGUGGAGAUCAUGAAACGACGUCGGCUUCCUAGCAGCAGUGAGGAUUCUGACGACAAUGGCAGUCUGUCCACCUGGUCCCAGCAUUCCAGAUCUCGACGUCGGAGGACUUCGUGUUCUAGGCAUGAAGAUCGAAAACCUUCUGAGGAUUGUGUCUGAGACAAAAGCUGUCACGUUUACACGCCCCAGGAAGUACAUUGCUUCGUCGGGCUCGGAGCCUCCAGAGCUGGGCUAUGUCGACAUUCGGACCUUAGCAGACAGCGUGUGUCGCUAUGAUCUCAACGAUGUGGAUGUAGCAUGGCUGCAACUUGCCAACGAAGAAUUCAAAGAAAUGGGGAUGCCUGAGCUGGAUGAGUACACAAUGGAAAGGGUCAUAGAGGAGUUCGAACAACGGUGCUAUGACAACAUGAACCAUGCUAUCGAGACAGAAGAAGGACUUGGGAUUGAAUAUGAUGAAGAUGUUGUCUGUGACGUCUGUCAGUCUCCAGAUGGAGAAGAUGGCAACGAAAUGGUGUUUUGUGACAAAUGCAAUAUUUGUGUGCAUCAGGCAUGUUACGGGAUCCUGAAGGUGCCGGAGGGCAGUUGGCUCUGCAGGACUUGCGCGCUCGGUGUUCAGCCCAAGUGCUUGCUGUGUCCCAAGAAGGGUGGUGCCAUGAAGCCGACCCGGAGCGGCACCAAGUGGGUUCACGUCAGCUGUGCUCUGUGGAUUCCAGAGGUGAGCAUUGGAAGUCCAGAGAAAAUGGAGCCCAUUACAAAAGUGUCUCACAUUCCCAGCAGUAGAUGGGCAUUGGUGUGCAGCCUUUGUAAUGAAAAAGUUGGGGCUUCUAUACAGUGUUCAGUGAAGAACUGCAGAACAGCCUUUCACGUCACCUGUGCGUUUGACCGUGGCUUGGAGAUGAAGACGAUACUGGCAGAGAACGAUGAGGUGAAAUUUAAGUCGUACUGUCCCAAGCACAGCUCCACCAAGAAAGCAGAUGAUGAGACCUUCAGCGAGAGCCCGGGACAAGAGAAUGGGAAUGGGAUUCAGGACAGCUCUCUUCCUGCCCACAUCGACCCUUUCCACAGCAUGGAUCAAAACCAGGAGGAGGCCCACAGAGUCAGCCUCCGCAAGCAAAAGCUCCAGCAGCUGGAGGACGAGUUCUAUACUUUUGUUGAGUCUUCGGAAGUGGCUAAUGUGCUGCGGCUGCCUGAGGAGCCGGUGGGAUUCCUUUACGAGUACUGGAAGCUGAAAAGAAAAGCCAACUUCAAUAAGCCUUUGAUUACCCCAAAGAAGGAUGAAGAGGACAAUCUGGCCAAACGAGAGCAGGACGUUCUGUUCAGAAGGCUGCAGCUCUUCACACACCUCCGGCAGGAUCUGGAGCGGGUGCGUAAUCUCACUUACAUGGUGACCCGAAGGGAGAAAAUCAAGAGAUCUGUUUGCAAAGUUCAAGAACAGAUAUUUAACAUCUACGCAAAGCAGUUGGAACAAGAAAGAGUUUCAGGUGUGCCUUCCUCAUUCUCGUCAAUGGAAAACGUGGUGUUGUUCAAUAGUCCAUCUUUGGGUCCCGACGCCCCUAAGAUAGAGGAUUUAAAAUGGCAUUCUGCAUUCUUCAGGAAACAAAUGGGCACAUCUCUAACGCACUCUUUGAAAAAAACACACAAGAGAGACAGAGUAAGAAAUAGCUCUGGGAACAACAGCAAGUCCAUGCUGAGGCAGCCCAACCAGAGGGAAGGUGGCGCGGCUCCAGGUAGCUUUUUAAAUUUUGACAAGACCUUUGCAGAAACACGGAUUGUAUCAGCACAGCAGAAAAACGGCAUAGUUAUGCCAGACCACAGAAAAAGAAGAGACAAUCGUCCACAAUGCGAGGUAAUCAAGGCAGAACUAAAGGAAAAAACUUCCAAACACAACCACAAACCACUGAGACCCACGGAACUCUCUCAGAGGCAAUCAGAAAACAAAAGGGCUGUGAACCACUCCAGUGGUAGGUCAGCACCUGGCACACGGAGAGAUAUAGUGCCUAAAUGCAAUGGGGGUCUUGUCAAAGUAAACUCUAAUCAGACAGUAGUUAAAGUGCCUACGACGCCCACCAGCCCGGUGAAAAACUGGGGCGGAUUCCGAAUUCCAAAGAAGGGGGAGAGGCAGCAGCAGGGCGAGAGCCCAGAGGAGACAUGCCGCCAGAACUCCAGCUACCCCUACCUGGGCAUGGGCAGAGUUUCACCGAAGGACAGGGCAAAAAGCAAGCUAAAGCCUGACAGCGAGAAUGAUGGGUACGUCCCCGAUGCAGAAAUGAGCGACUCAGAAACUGAAGUGGCUGAAAAAAAAUGCAGGCAGCAGAGGCUCAGUCCAAACAGCUCUAUCAGCAGGAGAACGGACAUUAUUAGGAGAAGCAUCUUGGCAUCCUGACGGGGCAGCGCGGCACCAUGGUCAGUAGAGUCACUGCCUACAAGCCAACUUCACUUUAUUUAUUGGUGUGAGAGGGGAGAGUUCUUAGACGUGACUACGGACUGACAGAUUGAUAACCCAUUAUUCCCAAGCUGUAUAAACAUGUUUACAUACUCUUAAAGCUGGAUUUGUUUGCUCCCCAGCUCAUUCUGUGACAAGUUUCUAUCUCCUUUAUUUGCAACCUUUCCGGGCAAGCAGAGAAAUGACAUCACUACUAAACCAGGAUGAUGAACACUAAAGUAACUCACAGAAACAUUUAGGGGGGAUAGGGUGGGUAGGGGGAAGUAGGCUGCAUUCAUCCCUUUUAGCAAAACAGCACUGUUACAAUUCUCUUACCUUCCCCUGCUUUUCAGAAAAGCACAAGCUCUUAAUUUAACUAGUGUGUGUAUUGAAUCAAAGAUGGUUAUUUAUUUAACCAUAUUGCACUGCUACACCCCCUUAAAAAUGGUCACUUGCCUUGGAUUGGUGGUAGGUCUUUGUCCUCCAUUUGCAGAAUGUUUUUGUUGCACUCAGUUUGAGAACAGGUGGCAGCCAAAAACCCUCCGCAAGCUCCAGUCUAGGUGCAACUGGGUCUGCGAGAUAACCAGACGUAACUGAGGUGUUACACUGGAGAAAAAGGAAGGGGCAGGUCAGGGCUGCAGCUGCCAUACACUGCAACCGCUUCAAGGUACUCAGGCUGAGUGUGUAGCUUAGUUCUGAGAGAGGGGGCAGGCUUGUGGGUUCCUGGGCCCUCUGGCAUAACCCGCAGCAUUUAGUCAGUCACCUGCCUCCUGGAAUACAUUGACAAUUUUAGAAAAAUUAUUCUAAGGCACUAGUCAUUAGGAUUUCCCAAAGCCCACCACGUAUGCACUAAUAAUGGUAUGUACUGGGAAAGCCAAGCUUAUGACACUAAAGGGUUACUUUAAAAUGGACAUAAAUAUAUAUUUUUAAAUAAAAUGGAAAGGCAAUAAAUUGUGAUUAGCUCUUUACAGUCAAAUGAAGAAAAAAGUAUUCUAUUCUGGACUAGAUUUGAUGGAAGAGGGAACUCAUAUGCAUACUUUUUUUUUAAAUAAUUGCAAAUGGCAAUAACUAGUAAGCUAUGAGCAAUAAUAUUAGUAGUUCAUUAUUGUACUUUUUGUACUGAGUGCACAUGUAACUGGAUUGUUAGAAGCCUGUCAAUUUGGAAUUCUGCAUAGAUUUAAGUCAGGUAUGUACUGGUUAAAAGGAAGUUUAAGCAGGCAAUGUGCUACAGAAAUACAGGCAUAAAGAACAAAAUCCCAUUAUUUUUCACUCCUAGCCUGCCCUUACCACGUUCACUUACAUUUUAAUGUUAGACCCUUCCGUCUUGAGCAGGGAAAAUUCUAAAAUACAGUAGAACUCUGCCAUAAAUGAGUCUUCCAGAGGAUUCAAUCAAAAAAAGGCUUAUUAACACCCCAUCUUGCUAUGCAAGUUACCGCUUACUUACACAUUUUGACAGAAUGCGUCCCUGUCAUUUGUGUUUUAAAAGUUUUAAGUCUUGACCUUUUGAUAGUGUUUGGGGUGACGGUGAGAAAAGGGUAUUUUGUUUAACAUGGUAUAUUUCUAAAAUACCAUUGCUGGAUCCAUGAAGUUGGAUUGACCUCACGACUCACACAGGUUAAAAUUAAACAGGGCACAGGUGAACGUGAAAUGAUGUAGUUGCUCUUGGGAUGUGAUCAAAUGAAAGCACUUACCUGAUCAGCAACCGACAGACAAAAGGUAAGUGCAGGUAGUUCUACUUGACAUACAGCAACAUUUUCAAGGCAGGCAUUGCUAUUUUCUGUAAGAAGCUCACGACCAUGUAAGGAAUUGUUUGUCAAGCCAUAGAUGGAAUAAUCUAAAUUUUGAUUCUAAGUAAACAUUUAACCUCACACCGAUUUGUAAGAGGUAUCUUGUUAAUUUGCACUAUUAUGAAUGCUAACAUUGUGCAGAAUUAAUGCCUUACCUGUUCUGCUCCCUGAUGUUUAGGUUAAUAAGCUUUUUAACGUUUCAAGUUAUGCUGAACCAAAACCAAAAAAGCUCUUUUCCCCCACCCCAAUUACAAAAAGCUGUAAGAUGACUGCAGUGUGACCAGAUCUGUAGGAUAGUUUUGUCUCCCAUGCUUAGCACUCAACAAAGAGGUGUCGUAAGCAGCAGUGACAAUACAAACCCACGCCCUCUGUUCUAUUGGGAUAGACCAUUUGCUUAAUUUCUGUUUCUGAGCAUUACCUUUCCUUGUGCAGACUGACCAAGAAAUCUUUGAUUAUGAUUGGUGUAUUAUGUCAAACUGUAGGCUAGUUGAACUUUUUGUAAAGUUGCCUGGAAUGCCAUUUGUUAGGUUAUGAACUCACACAAAUCUAAAUGAAGGGUUAUACGUGUUGUGUACAAAUCUUAAUUUCAGAAAAUUGAAAAAUUUGUCAUUACAUUUGUAAAACCUUGUACAGAAGAUUUUUCACUAUGUGCCUAGCUUUGGUGUCCAUUCAGCUGAAAUUAAUUAAAAAAGGUGCAUGAAGAGAAACAGAUAGAAAUAAAAAGUAUAUGUAGAGAUGACUAUUUUAUAUUACAUGGCCCAAUCCUGUAUUUAUUUUACCCCUUUUUUGAAGUAUUUAUAAAGACCUAGUUGAAGACAGCUGUAUUUUUUGUUAAAAUAUUCAGUAGAAUUGUGCCUUUUUGUCUGUAUGUGAAUAAAUGCUGUAAAUUUUUGCAA